AUGAAAGGAAUUUAGUUAUAGAACCAACUAAAAAAUGAGAAGAAAAUGAAUAUCAAGAGUUUCUACAUUGUCGGUCUAAUUGGUGAAGGUAUAUUUGAAAAUAGUAAUCUAGGUGCUUAUUCAGAAGUUUAUGAGGCUAUAUACUUAAAAAAUAAUAGAAAAGUAGCCAUUAAAAAGGUUUAUAAAGAAUCUAUUACUUUGUCAAAUAAAUAAUCAGAGAUUUAUAUUGAAAGACAUAUGAUGAAGCAAUAUUCAUAAAAACAUCCAAGUACAAAUUUACUUAAUACUUAAGGUUUGGUUGAAUUUAUUGGAAGCUUUUAAGACAAAUAAUACUUAUAUUUUGUAAGUGAGCAUUGUCCUUUUGGGGAUUUAGGAAAUAUUAUUUAGGAUGUUUAUUAGUUUUACAUUAAUACUCAAUCUCAAGAACUUGAAUAUUUCAUUAAAGUUUACAUUUAUCAAAUAACUUAAGCCAUAAUAUAUUUGCAUAAUGAAGGUAUUGCUCACUUAGAUAUUAAACCUAAAAAUAUAUUAAUUGAUAAAAAUUACAACUUAAAAUUGACUGAUUUUGCAACAUGUUUUUUUUUUGAAGAAAAUAAGUAGCCACAUGAGUUAAUUGAAUAAAUUAGGAAAUAUUAGAAUAGUCAUGUAAGAUCUAUUAAAAAAAUUGAGAGUGAAUCAACUUAAUUUCGAUCAAAUUUUGUUGGAACACCAGAAUACAUCUCACCAGAAAUGUUAAAUAAUAGUAGAGCAUCUAAAGAAGCAGAUUUAUGGGCUUUAGGUUGUAUAGUGUAUGAAGUAUUGCAUAAUAUUUAUAUAGUUUUAUCAUGGAAAAUAACCUUUCACUGAUAUAAGUGAAAAUGCUAUUUUCAACAAUAUUUUAAAUCUGAAUUAUAAAAUAAAUGAAUCAAUACCAGAAUAGGCUUAAGAUCUUAUUCGUUCUUUAUUGGUAUUGAAUCCAUUAGAAAGAUUAGGAUAAGAUGAUUCUAAAAUGAUAAUUUAACAUUAAUAUUUUUAAGACAUAAGAAAGGACUAUAUUCCUUGGCAAACUUAAAUAGAAAUUCCACUUGAAUAUAAGGGGUUGUUUUAAGAAAUAAUACCAAGCCAAAGUAAAACAAGUAUUUUAUGGGAGUUUACACCUGCAAAUAUUUAGAUGAAAUAAGAACUAGUUAAGAAAAAACAAGAUAGAUUAAAAACUAUUAUGGAAGAAUUAGAUGAAGCUAUAACUCCAAUUCCUAAUGGAUUAAUAAGACCAUAAAAAAUCUAUUGCACUCCAUAUUAACCAGUUUUUAAACCAGAACGCACAAUAACUCAAUCUCCAAGUAAUUAAGAUACUGAAUCUAAUUGUAAUUCAGUUUUUAAGCAUUUUGACAAAUGUGUUGGUUUUAUUUAUUUAAAUACAAAUAGAUGGUUUUGCAUUCCUUAGAUUGCAAUUCUAUUUGGAUAUUUAAAACCUCCCUGUCUAUUGAUUGAUUUUAUCAAAGGAGAAAAAAAAUAUUUGCCUAUUGACGAUACCAUUAAGAUAUCGAAUGAUGGUGUUCAUUAUGUACCUAGUUUAGAAAUUAUAAGAUUUUAGAAUCUUCUUCGUUUUUUUAUAAAUUCAAGGAUGCAGAAGCAAAGCCAAUAAAUUGGAUCCAAGUUGUUCAAUCAAUUAAAAAUGAAUAUCUUAAUAAAUGA